AUGGCCAGUUUUGACGUUAAAUUAAUCCCAGAGUUCGAUGGGUCAGACGGAGCGUGCGUUCUCGAGUGGAUAGAGAAGAUCGAGAUGGUGUGCACGCUCUCCCAGCGCGCAGGAGAAACGGAGACGAGACAAGAGGUCGUCAUUCCGCUGAGACUGAAGGGAGGCGCGCUGUCUGUGUAUCGCCAACUGCCAGAGGAAGACAGGAAGGACCCACAAAAGAUCAAAAACGCUCUUAAAAGGGCUUUCGCGCUUGACAAAUUUACGGCCUACGAGCGAUUCAUGGACAGGAGGCUCCGUGGCGGAGAAUCAGUGGACGUUUACGUGGCUGAACUUCAGCAGCUCGCGGCCCUUUUUGGGGGAAUGAGCGAGGAAGGCUUGUCCUGCGCCUUUGUGGCUGGCCUCCCGAUCGCCGUGAAACAGGUCCUGAAAGCUGGAGCCAGGGUCGACUCGCUGUCUCUCGGCGAGCUCGCAGACCGGGCUCGUGCAGUGCUCCGUGAAGAAUCUGAGGCGGCGGCCAUGUUGGCCGGCACACGUCGGAUGCAGGUGGCGCCGCCCGGCGGCCGCGGCGUCAGGCGGCGGGGGCCGUGCUUCUCCUGCGGUGAAAUCGGCCACGUCGCACGGGAUUGCCCCCGAUCCGAACACCUCGGGAAGAGUCAGCAACAGCCAGCACCGGGACGUGGCGGUCGGCCGGCCCCUGCACGCGAGGGUGGACUCCCCGCCCUGCAAUGCUACGGCUGUGGAGUGGAGCUGGAGAUCGGAGGGUCGCGGUGUCGACGUGUGGCACUGAUCGACUCUGGGUGCACUCGGACCCUAGUGCACGAGUCGGUGUGCCACCAGUGGCGGAGGAGCGCGGCAGAGGUGAUCACAGUGAACGGCCAGCGGCUGCAGUGCGAGGGCGCCGCUGAAGUUCGGCUCGCGGUGCCGGGCUGCCGCGCAGUGGAGGUGAGCGCCCUUGUUAUAAGGGAAAGGCCCCUCGGGUUUGCGGUGAUCGUGGGAAUGGACGCUAUCCGGUCGCUGGGGGGAGUGACCGUGCGCUCGCCCUCUGACGUGCAGUUCGGAUGCGAGUUAUUCGGCUCGAGCGUGAGUGAUGUGCAGUUCGGACGUCGGUCGGUGGCGUGUGCUGCCACAGGCGAGGAGACGGGAUUGAGAAUCGAGAAGGAAGACUUUGUGGUGACGUUCGACCCGACCCGGCGGCGGUGGGUGAUGUCGUGGAAGUGGGCUGGCGGCAGAGCGCCGGGUAAGCUGGGCGGCGCGGUGGACGAGUAUCCGGUGCCGGAGGAGGCACGCGCCGAGUACGAAGCUGAGCUGGAGAACUGGAUCAGAGACGGCUGGCUAAGUGAAUAUGACGAGGAAGAGCUGGGUCCGGCCAUGGGCUCGAUACCGCUGAUGGCGGUCAUGCAGCGGACAAAAGUGAGGCCUGUGAUGGACUUUCGAUCUCUGAACAAGCACGUGCCAGCCUUCACUGGUGACGCGGAUGUUUGUGCAGAGCGGCUACGCCGGUGGCGCCAGAUGGGAGCGUCCGUGGCGCUCCUGGACCUGAAAAAGGCUUUCCUUCAAGUUCACGUCGAGAAGGCCCUCUGGCCAUACCAGACUGUCUGGUUCAGGGGCAGGAGAUACGCGCUGACCAGGAUGGGGUUCGGCAUCAGCGUCGCCUCGUCGGUGAUGCAGGCGGUGCUGGACCUGACCGUGGCUCAGGACCCGCGGGUUGCGGCGGCCGUCUCCACCUACGUGGACGACAUCCUGGUAAACGAGGACAAACUGCCUGCCACCCAGGUCGCCGAACACCUCCAAAUCUACGGGCUGGAGAGCAAAGCUCCACAGCGAGCGAGCGACGGCACCCGCAUCCUCGGGCUGAGAGUCUGGGGAGAGCCCGAUGGAGAUUUGCGGUGGGGCCGAGACAACGAUGUCAAGAACGUGCCGAAGCCGCUGACGAAGCGCAAGGUGUUUUCCAUCUGCGGGCAGCUGACAAGCCAUUACCCGGUGUGUGGCUGGCUCCGCCCGGCCGCGUCAUUCGUCAAACGACUGGCGAAUGAAACGGCGAGCCGCUGGGAUGACCCCAUUGAAGGGGGUCUCGUGCCGCAGCUGGUUGAGGAGCUGGUGGCCAGCGUGAACGCCGCCGACCCAGCCAGGGGGCGCUGGAACGUGAGCGGCGACACAAUGACAAUAUACACCGACGCGAGCUCACUGGCACUCGGUGUGACUGUCGAGGUGGACGGUGAGACGGUGGAAGACGCCAGCUGGCUGCGCCGGGCAGACGACGCGGCUCACAUUAAUCUCGCCGAACUGGACGCGGUUCUAAAGGGCGUCAACUUGGCCCUUCAGUGGCGAGUCACUGAUAUGGACAUGGUCACAGACUCGCGCACAGUGUGGCAGUGGGUGUCAGACGCGCUCAGUGGCAGGGCGCGUCUCAGGUCCAAGGCGGCGUCAGAAAUGCUCAUCAGAAGACGGCUAUCAACUCUCAAAGCCUUGAAGGAUGAGUACGGCCUGAGCAUUCGCAUCAGGUGUGUGCCCUCAGCAGCCAACAAAGCCGACGCACUGACCCGGGUGCCUGGGAAGUGGCUGCGCGAGCGAGACGCUGCAGGGUCGCUCCCCGAUGUGACCGUGGCGCGCAGUAUCGCAGCCGCCGUGUCGGCGGACCCGGCCACCGGCGGCCGGCGACAGCUGGCCGGCAGCGCGGCAGACAGAAAUCUUCCCGGCUCUGCCAGCGCCGUGUCGGAGGUCCAAGGCUACAUGCGAGCAGCGCUGGUGCUCAAGGGCACGGCUCUGCAGGCUCGCAACAGAUCGCCGAGGCCGACCUGA